AUGGCGAAUGCAUCUGGGUUCUUCACUCCUUCGGUUCCCCACUACAGAGUCAGGGUUCGGCCUCUCGCUACUGCCGUUGGAUUCUCCGCCAAAGUAGUUUGCUUUGGAAAUAUCGAAGGAGCUGACAAACAUGCUUCGUCUAAAUCUUCUAUACCCAGGUCGAUUGUCAGCAAAGGUUGCAAGUUAGUUGGAUGUGGCUCUGCUGUGCCAGCUCUUGAAAUUUCUAAUGAUGACCUUUCGCAAAUUGUUGAUACUUCUGAUGAAUGGAUAUCUGUUCGAACGGGAAUUCGUAGACGACGAGUUCUUUCAGGUUAG